AUGACUGGGAAGGCCAAAGCUGCUCUAGAAGAGCAGACUAUCAGAACUUUGUUGAAGAAGCAUAAUAACAACAGCAGUGGAGAUAGUGGGAAUAUAAACCUAAAAAAGGCCAAAAAAACCCUACUGCCUAAUAACACUCCCACUAAUAGUGUAGGAUCUAUGGAUGAAGAUGAGAUGGCAGAAGAUGAGCUCUGUAUUUGCAAUAACCUCAAUGCAAAUAUCAUAUUAAUCAAAUUAUUGAAAUGGAUGGCCACUGUGCUUAUUAUUUCAAGUGCCAAUGACAAAGAGAAAGUUAUGUACUCCAACCAUCAACAUUCAAGGAUGAUGGACGAGGCAUAUAAUGAAGACAGAUUUGUUGAUGAGGCUGAGUUGUUGGAUGAGACUGAAGAGAUUCAACCAGUCAAGUUAGUGCUUGUCAAGGUGCACAAGCUUGCAUGA